GUGUAAAGAUAUUCAUCUGUCUUUAUAUCUAUGGUCACCACAUUCUAUUCGCGUUACUAACACUAAUGUGCACUGCCGUAGGAUGAACUAACCUAUACAUUUAUAGCUAGUGCAGGACCGCGUCACUCCUUCAACAUUUUUCUCAGUUGAGCUUGUACCGUUAGACUGAAUAAACGUACUUCGUAAAACUAGUCUGCGAUCUUUUAAACAUGGUGUCAGAAAGUGAACCAAAGCGCGUAUUUUGAACUGUAACGGACCCGAAUAACUUAUUCGGUGCGUAGUUUGUAGGACAGGCAGUGAAAUAAGUGAGAAAGUGGUGUCUGAGGAUUGAUUAUGGCUUCUGGAUAUGAUCUGCGGCUGCCCCAGCCGCUCGACGGGUCCAACCUGGCGAAAGAGUGGCCAACGUGGAAGCAAGCGUUUGGAAUUUUCCUACGAGCCACUAAUAAAAUCAAGGAGAGUGAGGCCAAUAAAAUCGCAACGUUCCUUUGGCUGAUUGGACCGAGAGGUGUGGAAAUUUUCAAUACGCUCUACCCCAACAGUGGAAACAUCGAGAACAUGUUCGGACAAGACGACGAGCAAGAGGAUAACGAUGAAGAAAGGUUUGCCGAUGCGACGGCUGAUGCACAGGAGAACGUUUCACGCACACUUGCAGCAGUCAUUCAGGCAUUCGACGAAUACUGCUUGCCGCGCAGAAACGUAACGAUGGAGGCGUUCAAAUUUAAUUUGAUAACACAAAAGGAAAAACAACCUUUCGGUGAAUUUGAAACGGAGCUGCGCACCCAAAGUCAAUUCUGCGAAUUCAAGUGUUCUUCUUGCCAAGCUUCAUACGCAGACCGCAUGCUGCGGGAUAAAAUUAUUAUCGGAGUGCACGACAAAAAACUGCAACUCAAACUUCUCGACGGAAAAGAUGAGCCACUUUCCAAAGUGGUGGAGACGUGCAAAAUUUUUGAAGCUGCGACGGAAAAUCGACUGCUGCUCGAUAGAAAGGAUGCGGGCAUGGAAAUCAAGGCCAUCGAGAUGACAGACGAUACCAAAUCGAAGGACGGAAUUCAGGAAGUUGCUGCUAUCAGUCGUAAAAAGUGCUUCAAUUGUGGACACCCCUACGUGCGCAAUCAUCACCGCAGCUGCCCGGCGAUUCGAGUAGAAUGCUUUGCGUGUGGUGACGUGGGUCACUUCAGGAAGUGCUGUCGGAAGCGGGCAUCAUAGGAUGAGCAGUACGCCAAGGCAUCGAGGACGGAACCGAGAUCGACAUCCGGAAAAGCGGCGUAUUCUGUAAACUGGAGUGACGCAGAGUAAGUGCUAACGUACGUGGACCAUCAUCCCAUAACAGUCGAGUAGACAGGUGGACGAAAGGUUAUCUCGUUUGCGGAAGUCGGGUCGAAUUCAAAUUAGAUACCGGAUCGGAUGUGAAUUGUAUCCCAAUCAACGUCGUUCGAAAGCUUAAUAUUAAAGUUCAUGAUUUUGAGAAUACUCCUGUACUUGACUACAGUGGAAACAAAAUUCGAAUUUACGGGAAGGUGAAACUUUCUUGUGUUGAUGCGUCUGAUAAAUGUGAAAGGGUUGCUGAUUUUCUGGUUGUUGGUGAUAGU